GUCUCAGAGAAGGGAGGGCGGGAGCCACGGGUCAAGAUACUGCAGCCUCCUGAGAUCCCCCCUCCCACCCAGACCGGGACCUGGGGGCUCUGGCCGGAUCCAUGGGGGCAGCAAGCUGCGAGGAUGAGGAGCUGGAAUUUAAGCUGGUGUUCGGGGAGGAAAAGGAGGCCCCCCCGCUGGGCGCGGGGGGGUCGGGGGAAGAACUGGACUCAGAGGACACCCCACCAUGCUGCCGUCUGGGCCUGGGGGAGCCCCCUCCCUAUGGUGCUGCCCCUAUUGGCAUUCCCCGGCCCCCACCCCCUCGGCCUGGCAUGCACUCCCCACCACCCCGCCCGGCCCCCUCACCUGGCACUUGGGAGAGCCAGCCAGCCCGGUCAGUGAGGCUGGGGGGGCCGGGAGGGGGCUCCGGGGGGGCGGGGGGAGGCCGUGUUCUUGAGUGUCCCAGCAUCCGCAUCACCUCUAUCUCUCCCACUCCCGACCCGCCAGCUGCGCUGGAGGACAACCCAGAUGCCUGGGGGGAAGGAUCCCCCAGGGAUUACCCCCCACCAGAAGGCUUUGGAGGCUACCGAGAGGCGGGGGGCCAGGGCGGGGGUCCCUUCUUCAGCCCGAGCCCUGGCAGCAGCAGCCUGUCUUCCUGGAGCUUCUUCUCAGAUGCCUCUGACGAGGCAGCCUUGUAUGCAGCCUGUGACGAGGUGGAGUCUGAGCUAAAUGAGGCGGCCUCCCGCUUUGGCCUAGGCUCCCCACUGCCCUCACCCCGGGCCUCCCCUAGGCCGUGGACCCCCGAUGACCCCUGGAGCCUGUAUGGUCCGAGCCCUGGAGGCCGGGGUCCAGAGGAUAGCUGGCUACUCCUCAGCGCUCCUGGGCCCACCCCAGCUUCCCCACGACCUGCCUCUCCAUGUGGCAAGCGGCGCUAUUCCAGCUCAGGAACCCCAUCUUCGGCCUCCCCAGCUCUGUCCCGCCGAGGCAGCCUAGGGGAGGAGGGGCCUGAGCCACCUCCAGCACCCCCAUUGCCUCUGGUCCGGGACCCGGGCUCCCCUGGCCCCUUUGACUACACGGGGGCCCCACCAGCCGAGAGCAUCCCUCAGAAGACCCGGAGGACUUCCAGCGAGCAGGCGGUGGCCCUGCCUCGGUCUGAGGAGCCUGCCCCGUGCAAUGGGAAGCUGCCUUCGGGAGUAGAGGAGGCUGGGGCUCCUCCCGGGGGUCCUCGGAAGGAGGUUGCCGGCAUGGACUACCUGGCGGUGCCUUCCCCACUGGCUUGGUCCAAGGCCCGGACUGGGGGACACAGCCCCAUCUUCAGGACCUCUGCCCUCCCCCCGCUGGACUGGCCUCUGCCCAGCCAGUAUGAGCAGCUGGAGCUGAGGAUCGAGGUGCAGCCCAGAGCCCACCACCGGGCCCACUAUGAGACAGAGGGCAGCCGGGGAGCUGUCAAAGCUGCCCCUGGUGGUCACCCCAUUGUCAAGCUCCUAGGCUACAGUGAGAAGCCACUGACCCUACAGAUGUUCAUCGGCACCGCAGAUGAGAGGAACCUGCGACCUCACGCUUUCUAUCAGGUGCACCGUAUCACGGGCAAGAUGGUGGCCACGGCCAGCUACGAAGCUGUAGUCAGUGGUACCAAGGUGUUGGAGAUGACCCUGCUCCCUGAGAACAACAUGGCAGCCAACAUUGACUGUGCCGGAAUCCUGAAGCUUCGGAAUUCAGACAUUGAGCUGCGGAAGGGUGAGACGGACAUCGGGCGCAAGAACACACGCGUGCGGCUGGUAUUCAGGGUACACGUGCCCCAAGGCAGCGGGAAGGUCAUCUCGGUGCAGACAGCAUCGGUGCCCAUCGAGUGCUCCCAGCGCUCAGCUCAGGAGCUGCCCCAGGUGGAGGCCUACAGCCCCAGUGCCUGCUCCGUGACGGGAGGGGAGGAACUAGUGCUGACUGGCUCCAACUUCCUGCCUGACUCCAAGGUGGUGUUCAUCGAGAGGGGCCCUGACGGAAAGCUGCAAUGGGAGGAGGAGGCCACAGUGAACCGGUUGCAGAGCAAUGAGGUGACGCUGACCCUGACCAUCCCUGAGUACAGCAACAAGCGGGUGUCCCGGCCAGUCCAGGUCUACUUUUACGUCUCCAACGGGCGGAGGAAGCGCAGUCCUACCCAGAGUUUCAAGUUCCUGCCUGUGAUCUUCAAGGAGGAGCCUCUACCGGACGCAUCUCUCCGGGGCUUCCCUUCAGCAUCGGGCCCCCACUUUGGCUCUGACAUGGACUUCUCACCACCCAGGCCCCCCUACCCCUCCUAUCCCCAUGAAGACCCUGCUUAUGAAACUCCUUACCUGUCAGAAGGCUUCAGCUAUGGCACGCCCCCUCUGUACCCCCAGACGGGGCCCCCGCCAUCCUACAGACCUGGCCCGCGGAUGUUCCCUGAGACUGGGGGUACCACAGGUUGCGCCCGCCCACCUCCAGUCUCAUUCCUUCCCCGGCCCUUCCCUAGCGACCCCUAUGGAGGACGGGGCUCCCCCUUUCCCCUGGGGCUGCCGUUCCCUCCUCCAGCCCCCUUCCGGCCUCCACUACCUGCAUCCCCACCACUUGAAGGCCCCUUCGCUCCCCAGAGCAGUGUUCACCCCCCACCUGCUGAGGGUUACAGUGAGGUAGGGCCGAGCUAUGGCCCUGGGGAGGGGGCUCCGGAGCAGGAGAAGUCCAGGGGUGGCUACGGCGGCAGCUUCCGAGACAGUGUCCCUAUCCAGGGUAUCACGCUGGAGGAAGUGAGUGAGAUCAUUGGCCGAGACCUGAGUGGCUUCCCUGCACCUCCUGGAGAAGAGCCUCCCGCCUGAACCAUCGCCUGACCCCCGCUCCCCCCUGCCCUGCCCACUUUCCCUUCAUCCUGGGAUGGCGGUUCCAGAGGCUUGGGGGCCAAUCUGGUUCCUCUUUCCCCAGUUUCUUGCCUGCUCUCCCCUGCCCUCCCUUCCCUCCCCUAGCUGAGGUGUGGCCCCCGGGGCCUGGUGCUGCCUUGGAGGGCUGGGGGCGGGGGAAUGUGGAGGCCUGGGAUGGGGGUGGACCCUGGGGGGUUACUGGGAGCGAGGACUGGAGGACUGCCGGGAGUGAAGGCCGUGUCUAGAUUGUGUACAGCCCACGGUGCUGGGAGGCUGGGGCCAGGUUGAUGGGUAAUAAACUGCUCGCUGACUAGUG